AUGGAUAUGAAAAAAGAAGUGGGGAUUGGGCUGCAGUCGACACCUAAAUACCUACCUGCAUGGUAUCGUUACGACAAUGAAGGAUCGCGACUUAAUGACAUGUGCCUGGAGAAAAACGAAAACUACUACUUUCAUAGGUGUGAACUGGGAAUUUUGAAAACCCACAUUUCGAAUAUGCUCGAAUUGGACAUGAAGAACAGUGUCUUGGUUGACAUGGGAAGCGGAAACUGUCAGAAAACACGCAUGUUUAUUGAUGAAAUUUUGAAAAAGAAAAGUCAUCUAGCUUUUUAUCCAAUUGAUAUUUCAAAUGAAAUGUUACUAGACACGUGUAAGAAGCUGUCUGAUGAAUAUGCAGAGAAACUGGAUAUCAACCCGAUUGGUGCUGACUACGAAACUGGUAUCUCAGAAAUAAAACAAUAUACCUGUUCAAAACUGAUCCUAUGGUUUGGUAGUAUCCAGUGUCUGGAGCCUGACGAUCAAGUACGAAAACUAAAGCUAGUGAAAUCAGUGAUGACAGCUGGCUGCAGUUUGAUUUUUAGUGUCGAUAUAACGCAAGAAAGAGAUGAUAUCAUGAAGGCCUACAAUGACUUCCACGGUGAGAAUUAUUUUCUUUAUAUCUAA